AGAGUGCAGAACAUCUGCCCUGCAGCCUUUGCGCAUUGGUUGGAUCAAGCAGGAACAGCGAGUGCGCACACCCAGAGGAGCCUUCGGGACAAGGGGAUUAAAGAGGCUGUUGUCACAUUGUAAGGAGCUGGAGUUUGGAUGGCAGAACAAGUGAUCUUCUCUUACUCCACACAUUCCACUUGGAGUUAAUCUUGUUAUGUGCCCAGAUCCUUUUCACAAGGAAAUCUUGCUUUUCACCAGUGCCCAAGCCUUGUGAUCCCACCUCAGUGCCCAGCCUUGUUUGUACUUCUCCUCAGCUGUUUGUGGUGCCCCCCUCUCUGAUCUCCCUGGACCAGCUGCUGUCACAGGAGCCCUGAUGUCUUCAUUCGACUCCCCACAGUUGUUGGUGAUUUCUUCUUCUCGGAUUCCUAGGGAGGAUCUUAGCAUCCAGAGCCACACUGAGCAGAGAAGCUGCUGCUGCUGAUCUGUAGGCAGCAGAGAGGGAACGACAAGCAACUGAUUUGCCCUACUGCUUCUCUAAGCGCAAGCUUUUGCACUUCAGCCCCACCUGGACGCCUUAGGACCUUUGCCAUCAGCUUGGACUUCUUCUAGAGCCUCUUGGUUUUUUAUAGGACACCUGGACCACUAAUAACAGCUCCCAUAUUUCCUGGAGAUCGUAUUCAUGUCCAUCUUAGGUCUAAAGAGGCCAGACAAACGGUCCCUUUCUUGGAAGCCUUUCUAAGAUGAAGUUAUGGGCUAUUCUGGCUGUCUGUAUUUUGCUGCUAAGCUCUGUAUCCAGCAUCCCAUUGCCUUCCAACUGGUUGGCUGGUAAGAAAAGAUCUCAUCUUCCAGACCCUCAAGAAGGAGAGGACCAAGUUUUCGGGAUGGAUGGGGCAGUUCCUGAAGACCCCACUGCCAAUAUGGCACCACAGGAUCAACAAACUUACACUGAGAUACCUGAUGACUAUCCAGACCAGUUCGAUGACGUACUGGAGUUUAUUCAAGACACCAUCAAAAGACUCAGAAGGUCGUCCAACAAGCAGCCUCCCUCCAGGCGAGACAGAGGAAGGCAAAGCCUUGCGGCAAAUACUCAGAUCUCCAGUAAAAAGACAGUUAAAGACCGAAAGCGGAAAAACAAAGGCUGCGUCCUUAGGGAGAUACACUUGAACGUGACAGACUUGGGUUUAGGUUACGAAACCAAGGAGGAACUGAAAUUUCGGUACUGCAGUGGAUCCUGCAACAACCCAGAGACAACGUAUGACCAAAUUUUAAAAAACCUGACAAUAAGGAAAAAGUUGGUCAAUGACAAGGUGAAACAGGCUUGUUGCAGGCCGAUCGCCUUCGAUGACGAUCUUUCAUUCUUGGACGACAAUUUAGUUUAUCACACCUUGAAGCAACAUUCCGCUAAGAAAUGUGGAUGUAUUUGACUUGCUUGGAUGGCCACAUGGUAGUUUGAAUUGCAUUCCCAGUAUAAUGCAAAAGUAAAUAAAUAAUGAGUGGGAUCAAGCUCCUCGUUGAGGGCUCCCAAGGAUGGAGACGACAAAAAAGAGGACCAAGAAUCAUGGAGCGGCAAGUCUUCAUGGGAAUCUAUUGAGGCAUUUGUCCGGCAGUGGGCCGUAGAUACAAGAACUGAGCCCUGUGUUAUUCUACAAGAGGAAUAGAGCAGCUGAAUGUGUUCUGAGAUGAAUCUCUGGAUGGAAUGAUAUCUACACCUCUAAGGUUCACCAGCAGCUUUGACUGGAAAAGUCAAUAACCAGCUUUUAAACACAACCAUCUAUAUCAUGCAUGUCAGGUUUUCCUGUAUAUUUUUGUACAACGAACCAGUGUAUAACAUGAUCCAUCAGAUCUAUAUUUGGGCUUGAAUUAAAAUACUUGCUAAUACAGUACACAGUUAAUUCAGUUCGCUAGUUUAAUCCAGCAUCAUUAUUAUGGGACAGAGUAAUUCUACCAAAAUAGCUUCUAAGGAGCACACAGUCGAUGGGUCACUGUAAACCAAGAUCUGAAUGUGAUCGAUCAAUUGACAUGUUUAUAACAGAGAAGGAAAGUUAAUUUGAGUGGGACACCGCCUUUUGCAAUUGGGUUGGGUUGUAAUAUGGAAGGGCAAGACCUAAUUCAGUAAAGUGCAUAUCUAUGCUGGCCCCUCGGAUUGGCUAAAAACACCCCAGAGGGGGAAUUAUAUACCAUUUUGCUUAUUUGUAGUUGUAGAAGUGGAACAAGUCACCAAUCAGAAUCAAUUUCUAAAUAUGCUGGAAUAAACCAAGUUUCCUGAGACUUUAGUUGGCAGUUGGCAGUUAGCUGGCGGUUACCUACCCAGAACUGAGCAGAUUUCUUUUUUAUUUUAUUGUUUCUUUGGUUUACAGAGGAUUAAUUUCUCUUCUUGACAUUACAUUAGUUUUUUGGUCUCCGGGACCAAGCAGACUACUCGAUGCCAUGCAUCCAUUCAGAUACAUGAUUAUAUAAAGGAUAUUUAUUGAGAAUUAAGUUAUUGCUAUUUAUUACAGUCAGUUAAGAAUGUUCUUUUAUUUUUUUUUCCUAUUUAUUAAACUUUCUUUUCCAUGGUGCCAAAGCAGAACAUGCUCUUGAAAUGCAGAUGAGACAAAAUGCAAGCAAAUAGAUGCUGGAGGCCAACUGAUAAAAAUCACAUUCUUUACCUUUUUGAGGGCUUGAAUUUAUAAUGCAGUUACUUUGCAUGUUGGACCCAGGAGCAAAAAUUGAUCAUUCUUUGUUAAAGGUAAAAUAUACCCUACAUAUAGGUCAACAUUAUCUUUACCUCCCCUUAAAAAUGAGGCUUUAGUUACUGCACAGAUCAUUGUCCAUGUUCUGGUCAUACAUGGGACAUUCAGGGAGAAAUAUAACCCAGCAGCUGGAGAAUAUAGAGCUAGACAUCUCGUUGUUUAGAGAAUUUCCAGGCAGUGCAAAGGAAAAUGACUUCCCCAGACCUCGGCUACUGAUGGACAGCAGAUGGAAUUUAAGAUACAUUCGAUUCUGUAGGAAAACUUUUCAUGGAACAUUAUAGAAAGCAGUCGUGUCCUGUACUUUGGCUUCACAUUAUGUCAGGUUGAAGUUUUUUUCCUUUAAAAGUCUGUUUAUAAGCAGGGUUAAUCUUCCAAGAGCAAAUUCUGAAGCCUUAAUAUGAAGCCCCAAGCAAACUGCCUUUUUUUUACUAUGCAUAUACAUUUGUUAAACAGACAUUUUGUAUGAUUCCACUAAGUCCUAGCAGUAGUUAGCAUUUGCUUAUUAAUACCAUUAGAGUGUGUAAAUGAUUGGUUGAGGGUUAGUGGACCAGGACAAAUAUGGAGUUGUUACAAAACCCCCUAGUCAUGGCCGUGUGCACAAAUAUGAUUUUUCAUUUGAUUUUAAGAAUCUGUGUGUUUGCAGAUAGGCAAAUGGGUGUGAAAAAGUAUGAAACAGUAUGCACACCAUUUGUUGUAUAGGUGUCUUUAAAACCUGUGUGUGCAACACCUGUAGGACAGCACGGCUUAUAGGGAACAUAACCCCCUAGGUGUUUUGCCACUUAAGGCUCACAUUUCCCCAACUGCUCUCCAAACUCCCAGCUUUCAAAUAGUGCAACCAAGUAUUUGGUACCAUCUUGUGUACUCAGUGCUGGUUCUAUGGCAUACUUAGAAGUAGACAGUGUCCUAGAAGCAAAUCCAGAUGAAAUAUAGUUUGGAAAAAAUCCAUAAUCACAGGUCUAUGGUACACUGUUGAUCCCCUACACCAACCUUUUUAACCCCUGGGCCACAUUCAAAUUUAAAAAGAGUUGGGGAGCAGCACAAGCAUGAAAAAGUCCCUUGGGGUGGCAAAUAAGGGCUGUGGUUGGCCAUUUGGUAGUUCAUAUGUGCACUGGCAGCCGACAAGAGGCUCUACUUGGCACUAUACUACGUUUUUAUGCAAUUAAAACUUGCUUUCAAGUUGAAAUUCAAAAAUAAGCCCCUGCUUUGAGGACCCUGAGAGCAACAUCCAAGGGGUUGGAGAGCAACAUGCUGCUCACAAGUUACUGGUUGUGGAUCACUGCUCUACACCCUUUCUGAGCCAGAUAGUCUACCUGUAACAGCCUAGAAUUGCCCAACCAGUUCCGUUUCAUCUACACACCAAUUUUUUGUCUUCCUUCCACACACCAAUAGCAAAAUAUGUUGUGCAUUUGGCCAAACCAAAAACUUGGUGUUUCCGUUUGCCUUACAACGUAGCUUUGAAAAACAUCUAUUAAUAUGUACCGGCAAUAUUUUUUCACUUGAUGCAGCCACCAUGGCUUUAUGUUACAUGCAAACCCAUAUUCUAUGUUUAAAACAAAAUCCUUGAGAGGGACAGCCAUUGCAUUUAAAAAGGAAGCUGCUGAAGUCUUUCUAAAAUAAACACAGCAGGGAAAGCCAAGUCUAUGAUAGUUGGGUGACAUUGCAAAGGGUCAUAGGCAGGGCCGAUUUACAUAGUGGGCGCCCCUAGUCCCACUGUUAUUCGUCGCCCCCUGUCCCCUCCCCUUUAUUUGUGCAAAUUUUCAUUAUCUGGACUGGAGCAAUGAGGAUUGGCGCACAGGAAAUUUAAAAAUGAUUGUAUCUCCAGCGCAUCCCCAGUGUUUUUGAACCAAUGUGGGUGUGGUUGGGCAGCAUGUCGCCCCCCUAAAAUCCUGCCACCCUAGGCCCGGGCCUUUCCACAAAUCCGGGCCUGGUCAUAGGGCCCCACUCAAUUUCAUAUUAAAAUGACUAGCCUUGCACCUCGCACUUGUGAAAUAUGUACCGUGCCUUCCUACAGAUUCCUGACAUCCAUAAAAUGGCUAAAUAGUAAUUUGUUGAUGGACAAAACAGGAGUUUAGUUGUGUAAUGGUUUGCUGUGCCUUGUCAGAACAAAAAGAGGGGUCAGAUCAGAAUGUUUGGCUUUUUAACAAUAUUAAUAUAAAUUCCUUUGUCCUUGCAUUUUGUCAGAAAAGCAAUAUAUCAAAAUAUUUAAUUUACCCUAUGAUGUACUAAAGCAUAAGCUAUGUUUAUUUUAGGCGGGGGUGGAGAUAAAAGUAGCAACCAGGUCCCUCAACCUCUAAGAGUGGCUGUUGUAGAGCGAAAAUAUGGAAAUGUAUCUUUUCUGAAAAAGAGCUGUAAUUGUAGGACUACAAAAUAGGUUUUGCUCUGGAUUACCAGCCCAAUGCAGCCAAUCAGAUCUUUGUAUUCAUUUAAUUUUAUUUUCAUUAGCCUUACUACUUUGAUAGAUCAGAACAAACGGCUGAUUGGAUGCUACAAGUUACUAUUGGCUGGCACUUCUGGAAAAGGCUUUAUUGUAGCAGGCUGCUGGUAAAACACCUAAAGCAUUUUGGGAUUGACUCCCAUAGUCAUAAGCCUAUUUUUAGUCAGAUAGGAGGCUGCCCCAAUAGACUUAUACACAGGCCAAUAAGCAGUUUUAGGCUAUUAAUAUUGAGGGACCCCAAGAUUAUAUUUUAACCUAAGGCCCCUCCACCACUAAGAACAGCCCUACAUUUAAAAGAAAAACCCUAUAAAUUUGGUAUUUGCUAGAAUGUUUAGCAAGAGCAUAUUGCUGUGAUGUACACCAUUCUAUAUCAUUCUUUUCUGACUUGAUUAUAAAUUAUAGAACUGUGGGUGUCCCUUUAAGACUGAAGGGGUAGCAAUUGAAACACACCAGUCCGUCAGGCACUGUUGAAAUUUGUAGCCUGAAAAUUCAGAUCUUCUGUUCAUUGAGAACAUUUGUUCCGAGAGCUUUGCGAGAGGUCUUAAAGAGGUAAAGUUUGUGAUUGCUUCCUCAUAGAUUUGGGGUAUCACUAUUUGCUGAUCUGAAAGUUUAAUUUUUUUUUUCCACCUAUGAUUUGUGUCUCAAGUCAUUUGUGUUAUUCAACCAAAGUUCCUUACAAACUUUAUUUUUGUACAAUAUUCAUUUUAUAUCUUUUUACAAAUUAAACUCAUUUCUAUCA